UGAACAACCGACCUCAUCAUUACGAGUGACGCGCUCUACCACUGAGCUAAGCGGGCAACGGAGUAGUUAAGCAGACAAUCCUAUAAAACAUUCAUGAAGAUGGACUCAGGCCUCAGGAAUUCUCAUAUCCAAACACUCGUUCUUCAGCUUUCAGCAACCAUGGCAGAGACGAGCCCGAAAAUCAAGAUUAUGGCGGGUGCCGCGCCAGACCUAUCUGCGGCUACAUUCCAAAUUUUCGACGAGUCUCAUACGAUUGGAAAUGCUCUGCGGUGGAUGAUCAUGAAGAACCCGAAGGUGGAGUUUUGCGGAUAUAGCGUGCCUCAUCCUUCCGAAAACCUCAUCCAGCUGCGAAUACAGAUGUAUGAUGGACUCUCGUCGUUGAAUGCGCUCCUGGAAGCACUGACGAAUCUUGAUGACGUAUGUGAGACCGUCGAGAACAAGUAUCACGCAAGUCUUGCUACGAAUGACUAUGAGCGGUGGGAGGAGAGGAGCUAGGCAGUGCUGCUUGAAAGACUUUGCACCUUUCUCUACGGAAGCACUAUUUGUUCGCUUGCACGCGAUAACUACUCACCUCUGGAGCUUUCGUAAUGCCACAGUUACCUCGUUGUUCGGUGGCCCCCUGCUCGCAACGAUUGUCUUGGUACGGGAACUUGUCAAGUAAGUAUCACCGAUGUUGACCUUGGUGACACUUUCCCAUAAGUCUGUGAGUACUCCACAAGUCGCGAUGGCAGUGGAUUCUCUGUCUAGUUCAUUGCAUGCAGUGUGCUAUUCAGAGUGGUAACCAACUGCGGCGGGGAACCCAGUGCCCACUGCACAGCCGAAUUACGGUGUUAACCCUAUCCUUAGCAUACUUUAUAAAACGAAUGAUUAUGGUUCCUUUUUACACGCG